CGGGCGGAUGGAGGCGGAGGGCGUCGGAGCCCCGGGCAGGGGGCUGCCGGCCGGCGCGCGGAGGGAAGCCGAGGGAUCCAUAGAUUGUCCUAACCUGGAUUUUGAGUACGGAGAUGCUGACAGCCACGCAGCGGAGCUGGCAGAACUCUACAGCUACACGGAGGGACCCGAAUUUGCCCUCAACAGAAAAUGCUUUGAGGAAGAUUUUCAGAUCCAAGCGAAGGGCCGGCGGUGGUCAGAGCUGGGCCUGACCCAGCAGAAGACCUACGUGAUGCGGCUACUGGACGGGCUGGAGGUGGUCAGCAGGGACCAGAGGCUGAAAGUAGCUCGGGCCGUGCUCUAUUUGGCACAAGGGGUCUUUGGAGAGUGUGAUACGGAAGCGGAUGUCCUCUGCUGGGCUCGACACAACAGCUUCUUGCUGUACCAAAUGGGGACCUUCACAGCCUUUCUGGAACUGCUGAACAUGGAAGUGGCCAACACCGAGGCGCGCAGCAGCGCUCUGCGGAAACCGGCCAUCUCUCUGGCAGACAGCACCGAACUCCGGGUGAUUUUGACCGUCAUGUACCUGAUGGUGGAAAACAUCCGGGUGAAAAUGGAGACAGAUCCUCCGAAGUGGACAGCAUCCCGAGAGAUGUUCAGGGCUGAGCUGAGUUAUCCGAUCCACAGCGAAGAACCGUUUGGGCUCUCGCUGUUCACCAUGGUGACCAAAUUCUGCAGCGAACAUUCCCCACACUUCCCCAUGAAGAAGGUCCUGCUUCUCCUCUGGAAGGUCCUCGUGUUCACGCUGGGCGGCUUCGACACCCUCCAGGCCAUGAAGGUGAAGAAGCGCCAGGAGCUGGGCCUGCCCCCUUUGCCGGAAGACAGCAUCCAGGUCAUGCGGAACAUGCGCGCUGCCUCUCCCCCGGCCUACGCCCCCGAGCUGGGGGAGCAGCCGCAGCCCCCGCCGCAGAAACGCGGACACCGGAAUCGGAGGCCUCUGAUGAAGCAAGACAGCCUAGACAUCUACAACGAGAGAGACCCCUUCGAGGAGGCCAUGGUGGACGAAGAAGACCCCGAUGACAUCGCAAACGGGCUGGAAGGAGAUCUGGACAUCUUGGAAAGGGGCAGCGUCGUCCAGGUUGUGCCGCUGCCAUGCCCACCCGUGGAGAAGGUCUCCUUCCCAAAGGGCCUUCCGUGGGCCCCCAAAGUCAGACAGAAAGACAUCGAACACUUCCUGGAGACAAGCAGGAACAAAUUCAUUGGAUUCACUCUUGGGCAAGACACCGAUACUUUAGUAGGCUUGCCGUGCCCCAUCCAUGAAAGUGUGAAGACUCUGAAAGAGCACAAAUAUAUCUCGGUGGCCGAAGUGCAGAUUAAGAAUGAGGAAGAAAUGGAAAAAUGGCCCAUCUCUUUGGGGGAAGAGGAUGUCCAAGAGACGCCAUGUGAAGUCCUCUAUCGGGCCAUGCUCUACAAUCUGCCACAGUACAUGAUUGCUCUGCUCAAGAUCCUGCUGGCCGCCGCCCCAACUUCAAAAGCCAAGACGGACUCAAUCAACAUCCUGGCUGACGUCUUACCGGAGGAAAUGCCGGUGACUGUCCUUCAGAGCAUGAAGCUUGGUAUCGACGUGAACCGGCACAAGGAAAUCAUCGUGAAGAGCAUCGCGGCAUCGCUGCUGCUGCUCCUGAAGCAUUUCCGGCUGAACCACAUUUACCAGUUUGAGUAUGUUGCCCAGCAUCUGGUCUUCGCCAACUGCAUUCCACUCAUCCUGAAGUUCUUCAACCAGAACAUCAUGUCCUACAUCACCGCCAAAAACAGCGUUUCCACCUUGGAUUAUCCCUCCAGCACCAUCCAUGAGUUACCAGAACUGAAUGCUGAAAGUCUCGAGACGGGAGACAACAACCAGUUUUGCUGGAGAAAUCUCUUCUCUUGCAUCAACCUUCUGAGGAUCCUCAACAAACUGACCAAGUGGAAACAUUCAAGGACAAUGAUGCUGGUGGUGUUCAAGUCGGCUCCAAUCCUGAAACGCACUUUGAAGGUGAAACAAGCCAUGAUGCAGCUCUACGUCCUGAAGUUGCUGAAGAUCCAGACCAAGUAUCUCGGGCGCCAGUGGAGAAAGAGCAACAUGAAGACCAUGUCAGCCAUCUAUCAGAAGGUCCGUCACCGCAUGAAUGACGACUGGGCCUACGGCAACGAUGUCGACGCUCGUCCUUGGGACUUCCAAGCGGAAGAAUGCAGCUUACGGGCCCACAUCGAGUCCUUUAAUAGCCGGAGAGUGACAAUGUUUAAAGCAUGCCAGCCCUGUUGCCUGCUUGUUCACACGUAAAGGAUAUUUUGCACGUCCCCAAAUCUGCGCUUCAGCAGCAACAUACAGGUUUUCCCCCCAUGAAGUGCUUCAUGCUUUGUGCGUGUUUUCAUGCCACAAACACGGGUAGCAAGAAGGAGCAGGAGGAUAAUGCGCUAAGCAAAGCAUGGUUCAUAAGCACAAGACGAGAGCUAAAUACAUUUAUAUUUCUGACAUGCUUGAAUGUACGGCUACGUGUGGUUAUAUGUGUGUGAGACAAUUUUAUUGGCAGCCUUAGCAGCAUGGCACAGAUUUCUCUCUAAAAUACAAAUAAGAGGAUUUUCGUUUUUUAGAUUCUAGCCCAUCGGAAAGUAAUUCCUCAAAAGGCCUGGAUGUAUUUUCCAGGCUGCGUUUUAUAGGAACAAAAGAGAUGGUCACAUGUGACAACCUAGCUAAAGAAAUAAGCCAAUGCAGUGAAUAUAUUUAGCAACCUGGAAAAUUACGUGGACUUAAAAUUCACUGAACCGGCUGCCAACCAGAUGUGCACUUUAUCCAUUCUGUGAAAGACCAAAAUAUAAAAUAAAAAUCGCGUAUCAUUUUGUUUGCAAUCCUAUUUCGGAGCGUACGUUUAAGGAGCUGCUUUGACCUUGUUUGGAAAUGAAAAAUAUGUGAUUUUAAAAAUGGUAGCGGCAUGGAAAAUAUUUGCUGUACGGUAUUGCACAAUUAUUGUCUUUAUAGCUGCUUAUCUGCAUUCAAAUCUCUCAAAGCAGGUGGCUCUCUUUUAUUCCGCAGAGUGAAAAAUGUUGAUUUCCUAAUGCAAAUUAUUUUUGAAGGAAGUGUGUUGUUAUCCUAAGCACGAGGUAUAACUAAAAAUAAAAAAAUCUAUUCUUAAAUAGUUUUAUUCCUUGGAUUGUUUCAUUCUAUUGAAAUAUUUGUUACCCACACAGAGAGGACCAUAUUUUCGCCGUAACAACGGGGAGAGCAUUUUAAACUACAGGAAGAGAGUUUUCUGGACAGGUUUGAAAUGUUGAUUUAAUUUACUGUGAAAUUAAAGGAUCUGAAACAGGGACGUGUUCGUAGUGAAUAC